AUGUACCAUCAAUUAAUUAUAGGAGAUAAAUUAUUUUUUAUAUUUGGCGUACUAAUACCAUGGGAAAAAGAAGAAAGCUUCGAUCAAGAUUUAGACUCGCUAUUGCAAAGCUUAGAAGAGUUGCAAGCGGAAACUGAGGUUGCACAGUUAGAAAGUCACAAGAGUGAAAUUCAUGGUGAUGAAGAAACGGAAGAUGAUGCUUUAAAAUCACUUUCAGAUAUCGAGAAACGCCAAGAUCAGAGUGAUAUCAAACAAGAUCAAAUAUCAAGUAAUAGGCACUCAUCAAUAUCACUAAAUUAUGAUAUACAAGAAUUGCAAGCUACGACAACACAAUUAAUUAAAGAUCAGUUAGAAGGAUUUCAAACAAAAUUAGAUGCUAAAGAAUUAGCCCAGGCAGAAGAAGAGAUGAGAGUUCGAGAGGAAAAAAUUUGUGUUGCACUGGAUAAAAUUAAAGAAGCCAACGUCCAAAAGCGAAUUGUCAAGAUCUACAGCGCUAAUGAAAGCAGUAAAACAAUUUUAAUCUCCGAUAAGAUGACAGCGGGCGAAAUUUGCUUGAUUAUGAUGGAAAAGUGUCACGUUAAACCCGAUCCUAGCUGGGUUUUAGUCGAGCAUUUAACCGAGCAGAACUUGGAGAGGAAUAUCGAAGAUCAUCAAAUUGUGGUUGAUAUAGUUAGCCUAUGGCCUGUUAAUUCUAACAACAAGCUUUACUUUCUGCUAAAGAGCAAUAAAUAUGCAUUAUUCAAGAAUCCACAGCAUUACUUAUUAGCCUCUGGAUCCGAUAAAGCUGCUGAGAAAUCUGCUGAAAAAGAUAAAGAAAGAUUGCUCAACGAAUUUUUCAGCAACAAUCAACGCGUGCCUGAUGUUGACGGACCUUUAUAUAUCCGAUCUGGUAAAAAGUCGUGGAAGAAAUAUCACUGCGUCUUAAGAGUUUCAGGGCUGUACAUUUCUCAGUCUAAAUCCAAACCUAAUGAGAAAAAGAAAACGGUGAUUAGAUUCUGUACUGAAGAUUUAUCAUCAAUGAAACUAUGGUAUACCGGAGUUAGAAUUGCUUUAGGAGUUUACCCUUUGCAAAGUUAUUUUCAAGCAAAACAAUCACAAGAGAGCAGUACUAACUCUAAAUUGGCGAUAUUAAAACAAGAUCUUCAAUUUGAAAAUGCGUUAAGUAAAUUAAGGCAACGAAAUAGCGAGAAAAAGGAGAAGUCUGAAACUAUUGAAGGCUUGGUAAAAUCUCAAUCUCGUACUAAGAGCAUCAAAAAAUUAGAUAGAAAUCUCAGUGUAAAGUUAUCGGGAAUGCCAAUAAAGAACAUGGUUGAAUCGGAAGCAACACAACAGGAUCUUGACGAUUUAUAUGUAAUGCCAGUAAAACGCUAUAAUUCACAAACUGAUAAGCCAUCCGUCGCAGAGAGUCAUAUUGCUGGUGAAGGGGAAGACCUCUUAGAUUUGCCACCUCCUCCUACCUCAGCCGUGAUUACCUUUGAUGAACUAUAUGCACCACCGCCACAAAUUGAUCGUCAAAAAUUAAUUACCACCAAUGUUGACGAUCAAGGGGAAGAAACAGUAGUUUUGAGGAAAAAAUCACUCCGAGGACUUCCACCGAAACCUCCACCAAGAAUGGACUAA